GCCGGCGCGGGCGGCGCGCAGCUCCUGGCCGGCAGCUCGCCGCUCCCGGGCGGCGCCGGCGGCCAGCCGGCCCGGAUGGACAGCGGCCAGCGCACCCCGGUGGGGAUGGGCCGGGCUGUGGUCGUCACGACCCAGCAGCAGCAGCAGCAGCAGCAGCAGCAGCAGCAGCAGCAGCAGCAGUUGCUACAGCAGCACCAGCAGCACCACCAGCUGCAGCAGCAGCGCCAGCUCUGGCAGCACCAUCCGCCGCAGGAGACGCCGCAGCCGCCGAGGUCCCCCCAGCCGCUGCAGCAGCAGCAGCAGCACCUGCUGCACCGUGGGAGUGCUGUCUCCCUUCCAGGCGACCGCACCCCCGUUGCGCCCCGUGGCCGCCUCCGCCCGCUCACGCCGGCGCCCGGCAGCCCCAUGGCGGAGCAGGCUGGCGGGGCAUCGGGCACGGCCCCCGCCUUUGUGUACGCGAGCAGGGCGCUGGCUCCGCCGUUCUGCACCCCGGUGCCGGCGGCCUGGGCGCGGGAGCUGGGCCACGCGGCCGGUCGGGGGCACCUCUCACGGCGGCGCGUAGAAGCGGAUAUGACUAGAGGAGUCGUCUCCUUGAUACUGAGCGCCACUCGGCAGCGCAACGCGGAUCCCGAGCACAAGGCCAGUACCGCCGGGAUCGUGCUGGUCGGCCAGGACCGCACACAGGUGGCACACUACGAGGCGCUGGAGGAGCGCAAGAACCGCUUCAUGGCCACCGUGUCGCACGAGCUUCGCAGUCCGCUCCACGGCAUCUGCGGCCUCUCGGCGGCCCUCGAGAAGGACGAGGCCAGCGAGGGCCGCCGCAAGCAGCUGGGGAUGGUGCACUCCUGCGCCACUCGCCUCCUGGACCUCGUGGCGAACAUCAUGGACAUGACCGCUCAGCGGAGCAAGAAUAAGGACAAGAAGCCGCUCGUCAAGGAUCCGGUCCACCUGUCCGCCAUCCUCGAGGAGGUGAUCGAGCUCGUCUCGAACGCCACAGACAAGGCAAUGCGACCUCUGUUAAGCCGCGAGUGCUCCCUCGUCAACACGAUCGUCGAUGGGACGCUCCCUCUUGUCGAGGGGGACGCGUACAAGCUCACGCAGGUGUUCUUCAACCUCCUCACGAACUCGUGCAAGUUUUGCCGAAGCGGGCGCAUCGAGGUGUCGGCACAGCGCGACAGCGCCGAUGGCCUCGUCAGCAUCAGUGUCAGCGACACCGGCAUCGGCAUCGCGCCCGAGGCCCUGAAGCGCAUCUUCGAGCCCUUCGAGCAGGAGGACAGCUCGACGGCCAGGAACUUCGAGGGCAUCGGCAUCGGGCUGGCGGUCUCCAAAGGCGUCGUGGAGCAGCACGGGGGCAGCAUCGUCGUCAAGAGCACGCAGGGCCGCGGUUCCGUCUUCACCGUGCGCCUGCCCGUCCUGCACUCGCCGCAGGUCCCUGAGAGAGCUGUCAGCGUGCCGCCAGGUCUUCAUUGGAAGAAGAG